AUGCUCGUCAGAUUAGAAUGUAAAAUAUGCGAUGUUGACCCUGAUUUGUCUCCAAGACAAGAAUACUCUACAAUUCACUGGAAAGGAAUGAUUGUGAAGAACCCUAAUGAUAUUAGACUUCCAGAUAUCAAUGUCAAAGGUCAACUCCAGAGUUACUACUUUUUGUUGAAUGGAUGCAGCAAGACAGAGUGUACAGCCUAUUUACUACAUUCUGCAGACCAGUUGAACGGUGGUAUAAUACAUCGCUUAGCAUCUUAUGAAAAUACUCUUAGGAAGUCAGACCCUGGGUCAAAGGUCAACCCUCAUGAAUUGCUUGAAGAUCUACCUUUAUUUGAUGUUGGUGAUUUAUGGAAAAUGGAAAAUGAUUUAAUGAAUCUACAAUCAGUAGCACUCAAGAAUUGGAUUGAAAAGAAAGACAUUCAAGAAAAGAAAUGCCAAAUCAGUCAAAAUGAAAUUGUUGAAUUAUUGACCAAAGUCCGAAGUGAUUAUAUUGACCAGUUUACAACAGAUAGGACAUGUAAAUUACAACUCAUUAAAACUAUGGAGCUUGAAGCGAUGAAUUUGUGCUCCGAAUUGGAUUAUAACACUGGAUCAGAUUGGAUAGAAAAAAAAGCAUUAAUUAAUAAAGAAGCUUUGCAUAAAAAAUUUAAGCGUGUCAAAACAGAAGAAAUGAUAUUCCGAGGUGAAGUGAUCAGAGUUCCUGAAGCUGGUACUUCUGUUCGACUUGAUGUCAGUGAAUUUUUGAAAUACUUCAAGAAUAGUGGUAAACCUGUAUCAGACCAGUCAUCACCGACUAAUUGUGUACAUUCUGAAACAUGCAAGCCUUGUACAUUUUCUGAUCCAACUACACUGUCAUGUGCCAGUUUUAAAGAUGCAGUUCAAAUGCACCAUCAUGGAAUAGAUUACUGUUUAGACUCUCGUAAUGCAGAGAAAAUCAAUGAUAGAAGAUUACGUAUUCAAGCUCGCUAUAUUACCCAUGAGACAUCAUCUACCUGCACAUUAGAGCAAGUGGCAUCUGCAGCUACUAUGUUGGUUCCUAGCCCUGCCGCUCAAGCCUCACCACAAGAAGCAUCAAUCGAGAAAGAACCAAGAAGAACGAAAUCUCUGACUUCAUCAAGUCAUACAAUAAAAACAAGAAAUUCCACAGCAAAAGAGGAGCUCUUACAAAAAAGGUCUGUAAGAAGUAGUCCUCGUAGAGCUUCCAUGCCAAGAAUAAAAGCGAUUAAACAGCAAGACAGUAAACGUAGUUCAUCAUUAUCACAUCAAAGAUCAGCCUCAGUUGGAUCUGCACAAUCAAGAUCUAAUAAACAUAAACAAGCACUAAGAUACACAGUUGACAAGACAUUGAAAAAACAUGGUAUUGACAAAGAUCAUGCAAGUUAUGCACAGUGCGUCACACGAUUAUAUUCACUAUGUAAAAGUUUUCUCAAGGAUCUGACAAGUUCACAUGGUCUUGAGCAAGAAAUGAAAGCUGUUGCGGAAUCAAAUGUUGCACAAGUCAUCAGUUUUGAAUUGAGAAGAUCACGAAAGCGAUAAGAAUACGCCAAAUUGUCAGUGUAAAGGGACUCUAAAUCAAUUGGUCAUACUGCAAAGAAUACUAUCUUGCUAACUGCGUCUUAUUUCAUAUUAUUCAUUUUGCCGAACUGUCAGCCAUGGCAGUAUUUCCGAAAGAUAAUGUUGGGGUUUCUAAAGUCUACAUUUGACUACUGUGUCUUGUAGGAAUAUAGACAUGAUGCUUAAAGUUAUGUGAGAAAGAAUAAAAACGAGUCUUUGAAUGUACCAUUAAUUGAAUCUUGUUACAAACAAGCUCUGAAGACAUAAUUAAUUACCUAAUUUGCAUAAUAAUUAUCCAGUAUAGACAAUUCCGCUGAGUUAAUUUACAUUCCUGAUUAGUUUUGGGUUCUAAUUUCUACCCAUUUUACAAAUUUGGAUUAUUUCUGUGUAAAUAAGAACUGCUCAGGGAUAAUCAGCAAACUAUGUUUUAGUUCUGAGCUGUGCAUAUAACUUCAAUUUACCUAGUUUGUACUGCAAAUAGGCAAUUUAUAGAUUUUCACUAUGCGGUAUGGAAUAUCAUUGCUGUUGACAAAGCUCUAAUUUCUUGGUGGGUCGAAAUAUUUUGCUAAAAUUUUCAAGGCACUCAUAACGCUGCAAGGGUGGAUAUGGAGAAUGUUGGUUCACAUGUGUUGUACAUAAACAUUAUUACGAACUCACUGUUUUAAAUAUGAGUAACAAACUGUAUACGACUUUCAUGUAAUUUUUGCCACUUCAGUACCUUCACAGC